AUGCCAGCGGGAGCUGCAGUGCAGCCACCAUCCUCAUCCUCGCGAGCCCGUCGACGGGAGUCCUACCGUAGCAAUAACCUCAAUGCCGCCGAGAACCAGCGCGCUGAUGACAAUAUGCCAGCUUCCCGCGAGUCUGACUCUCGCCAUCGCAGGCGCCGCCGACGAGACGACUGGGUCCGCACCAGCAACGAGAACAUCUUGUACCGCCUGGACGCCCCUGUCGCCGACGCUUCCGCCGCUGCCGUCCCUGUAACUGCCGCAGACGAUUCGGCUGACCCCGUCUCGCGCGCCCCAACGCCCCCCAUUGGGCCCCGGAGGACGCGGCCGCACUCUAUCCACGUCGUCAGCUAUCCCUCGGGCUACGUGCCUCGUGAGCUGCGGACCAGAACCUCCCCUCGCUCGUCCAGGGCCCGUGUCGAAUCUGGUGCCAGCCCCGCGCCCAGCACCCCGAGAUCUUCCUCGAGGCUUACAACAUCAACCCACCCCAGCACCAGGACUGAGCUCCCCGUCCGCUUGGCCUUGACCCGAUUGUUCCAAUCACUGGCGAGCAACUCUGUGUCCUCGGUCGACGUUCCGCAACACAGCGCAUACCCUGUUGGUAUCCAGGUCCAAACCGUCCCGGUUACCGAACACCAUCCUGAAUCGACGUCUCGCCGUAGUAGCCGAGCCAGCCAUCCCCGUAGCAAUCACUCGCAUCAUUCUCACGAGACAACCUCGUCGUCCUCUCGCAGGACCCGCGAGCCAAAGCAGCAGCAGCAACAACAGAAUUCAUCUUCAUCCACCCGAGAUCGCGACGCUGCUGCUCACAAGCGAGAACAUCGAGACCGUCGAGACAAUCGUGACCACCGUGACCACCGUGACCAACCGCGGGACAAGACACGGCGCAGAGCAGCUUCUAGGUCCUCCAGGUCGAGGCAUAGGCAUCGUGCCAGAAGCAACAGCCGUAGCCGCCACAACAGCCGCCAACCGGGCCAGCAGACAGCAGCCCGUCCCCGUCGCUCUUCUCAACAACGCCGCUACCCUCCCAACAGCAUGACUACCGCUAGAGCCGUCGUGCCCCUAGGCGGGUAUCAGCUCGGUCACCACAACAGCUUCACAUCCAUCCGCAGCUCAAAGUCAAGCGUAAACGCCGUCGUCACCGAGGUGAUUAAGCCUGUCGCUACCGGCAGCGGAGUCUCUUGCUCCAUUCUCCUUGCCGAGCCCAACCUCUUCCUUUCUGGCUUUGAUCACAACGGCCAUGAGCGCCGAACAGACCGCGCCGGCACUGCCCUCCUGAGGGGUAAGAUGCAGCUGACCAUUAGCAAGAACGUCAAGAUCAAGGCUGUCCAGCUGAAGCUGGUUGGCCGCGCACGCACGGAGUGGCCUGAGGGUAUCCCGCCGCUCAAGCAAGACCUGUUUGAAGAGGAAAGCCUGCGAACCCAGGUCCUGACCUUUUUCAACGCCCUCAACGAAGGGUGGGAGAGCGAAUACGGCAACCAGUGCACCUACAAGCUCAAAGGUGGCUCCGCAAACUCGAGCAGCACCGGCCUAAACACUUCGCCCGGCGUCUCACCGGCAGCAUCGAUGCGAAAUAACCUGACGGCCAAGGAGCUCAAGCGACUCUCUCUUCAGAACGUCCAGUCUCGCAGCUUUGGCAAGGGCGAGACCGGGGUGGUGACCCAAACCCAGGCCAAGGGAUUCAAGGUCUUUUACCCCGGCGUCUAUGAUUAUUCCUUUGAGCUGCCCAUCGAUCACCACCAGCUUGAGACCACCAAGCUGCAGUACGCUUCCGUCAAGUGGGAGCUUCACGCCACCAUUGACCGUGCCGGUGCUUUCAAGCCCAACCUGCAUGGUGUCAAGGAAGUCCCCAUCAUCCGACUGCCCGACCAGAUGUCGCUCGAGAUGUCCGAGCCCAUCUCCAUCAGUCGCCAGUGGGAAGACCAACUACACUACGACAUUAUGGUUUCGGGAAAGAGCUUUCCUAUCGGAGCCAAGAUCCCCAUUGCGUUCAAGCUCACUCCCUUGGCCAAGGUCCAGGUCCACAAGCUCAAGGUCUACAUCACCGAGUCGGUCGAGUACUGGACCAGCGACAAGCGCGUGACGAGAAAAGACCCGGGCCGAAAGAUUCUGCUGCUCGAGAAGACGGCAGGAAAGGAGCUCGCCCCAGAGUGGGCCACCUCCGAGGUUGUGACCCUUCGCGGCGGUGAGCUCACGGAAGAGCAGCGUCGCGUUGCUCGCGAAACCGCCUCGAGAAGGCGAGCCCACGAUGCCCUGAAGCGGAGGCAAGCUCCGGAGCCACUGCCAGCGCCGGUGGAUAAUCUCCUCGGCGACUUGGACCUCGGCCUCGAGAGCAUGUGGGGGUCCACCGAGAUUGAAGCCAGCGUCCAGAUUCCGACCUGCGAAAUGAUGGCCAAGAACAAGUCUCUUAGACUCCACCCCGACUGCAGCUGGAAGAAUGUCAACGUCUUCCACUGGAUCAAGGUUGUUAUGCGAAUCAGCCGUUUGGAUCACGAUGAUCCUUCAGGCACCAAGCGCCGCCAUUUCGAGAUUAGCAUCGACUCUCCUCUCACCAUCCUCAACUGCCGCGCUACCAGGGCAAACACUUCUCUGCCCGCCUAUACCGGUGAGAUGAACCGACCGUCUCCGUAUCAAUCGGCUUGUGGCUGCCCCGAUUCGGCGACAAUUGCCAUGGAGACGUCUCCCAGCUCCUCGACCGGCACUCUCCCAGACCCGGAGGCGCUGGCCGAUAGCAUGCCUGCCCCGCCCCAAGCUGUUCAUCUACACUCUGGAGCUCCCUCGGCAGGCCAAACAGCAACUGGUCGAUCGAGUCCGACAACCUGGGGCCCCGAACAACAGGGCCGGCCUAUCCAUUUGCUGCGAGCACCCAGCUUCAAUCCCCCCGCCUUUGACGACGACACGGCGCCGCCCCCAGCCGGGACCAUUCUCGUUGACGGUACUCCUGCCGAUAUCCCUCCGAUCAUGACCCCGCCUCCGCAGUAUGACGCCGUCGUCGGCACGCCUAGCGUUGAUGGCCUCGCCGAUUACUUUACCCGUUUGGCUGAGUACGGACUUGGUGAUGACCAUGAAGGUUCCGGAUCGGACGGCGACGAGUCACCUGCUCGAAUCCUGGACCGAAAUGGGCGUGUCAACGUGGCUCACCCUAGAACCCCCGGCGGCAGGAGGAUGCCCAGCCGAAGCAUGGAAAUCGCCAGACCACCCAUUGACCUCAACCUCAGCGCUUUACUUGCACGUUCCAACUACGCACGCGAAGAAGCGCAAGUAUAA